UCCAUCCCUGGCAAAAAUCAGCAGCAGCGGUUACGCGACUCUUAAAAGUUAAAUUAAAUUCAUUGAAAAUUAGAAAAACUCUGGUAUAAAAUGUUUCGAAUAGUUAAUAUAAGUCGACUGGCCAGUAACCUGCACUACAGCAAAGCAGUCACACAUUGGAAACAGUCAACGGAAAAUCUAAGAGGAUUGCAUGUGAGCGCCGCACUGCUGAAACGCCGAAAAACAGCAGAGGAGAAGAAAUCCCCCAGAAUUAUAGAGUAUUCCCCCAAGAAGGCGCAAACAACAGGCGGAGGUGCCACCGAUAUUUGGAGGCACAUGACUGUGGCACAAUUGGCCAAUGAACUGGGUAGACCACUGGAUGAUGUCCAGGAGGCUAUGUUGUAUGUUAAGGGCGCCGACAACAUUGAACCUGCUUUUAAGCUUGCAGAUCUUAAGAUCAUCCAGGAAAUAGCCAAAAAGCUGGGUGCCAAAACUCGCGUGGUGGCCACACCCGAAGUUACCAGCGAGGAUGACCAGAAGGACCGCGAUGUGUCACCCAGACCUCCUGCUCCUCCAGAACUCCUGCAACCACGACCACCCGUAGUCACUGUAAUGGGUCACGUGGAUCAUGGCAAGACCACACUGCUUGAUUCUCUACGAGGUGCUGAUGUGGCUGCCGGAGAGGCUGGCGGGAUAACCCAGCACAUAGGCGCCUUCACAGUGACACUAGAAAAUGGCGAACGCGUCACGUUUCUGGAUACACCAGGGCAUGCUGCCUUUAGCGCGAUGAGAGCUCGUGGAGCUGUUGCCACCGAUAUUAUUGUCCUCGUUGUAGCCGCUGAAGAUGGUGUUAUGGCGCAAACCCGUGAAGUCAUCCAGCUAGCUAAGGAAACUAAAGUGCCUAUUAUCGUAGCCCUCAACAAGAUCGAUAAGCCAGAGGCUAAUAUUGAGAAAAGCAAGCGGGAGCUCGCCCAGAUGGGACUUGCUCUCGAGGAGCACGGUGGUGAUAUCCAAGUGAUUCCGAUCUCUGCCCUGAAGGGCACUAACCUGCAGCUUCUGGCCGAGGCGGUGAGCACACAGGCCACCCUCAUGGGGCUGAAAUCAGAUCCAACUGGUCUAGUCGAGGGCAUUGUUGUGGAAUCAAAAACCGAUCCCAGGCGUGGCAAGCUUUCUACGGCAAUCGUUUCGCGUGGAACCCUCCGUAAAGGUUCUGUACUGCUAAGUGGUUUGGCUCAUGCCAAAGUGCGAGGUCUUUUUGAUCACAAUGGGCAGCCUUUAAGUGAAGCUCCGCCUGGCACUCCAGUCGAGAUUCUAGGUUGGCGCGAACUGCCCCUCGCUGGUGAUAUCAUACUCGAAGUGGAAACAGAGAAAAAAGCUCACGCCGUGCUGAAGUACCGCGAAUACGAGGCACAGCAAGAGAAGAUCGAGUCCAGCAGCGAUGAGAUUCGCAAAAAGGAGGAAGAGCACCAGGCGAAAUACCGUGCAGAACGUGAAGCCCGUCGACUGGCCGGACGCUUUCGUAUGCGUGGCGGCCAGAGGGUGAAGCAGGUGGACGACAACGAGGGCAAGCCGCGAGUCAGUGUCAUUAUCAAAGGCGAUGUUCAUGGCUCUGUGGAGGCCAUACUGGAUGUGCUGGAGACCUACAACAGCAACGAUAGCUGCCGCCUGGAUAUCGUACACUAUGGCGUUGGAAAUGUAACCGAGGGGGAUCUCGAGCUGGCCAAGGCUUUUGAUGCCAUAAUCUACGCUUUUGCUGUGGAGACACCUCAGCUGAAAGCGGCCAAAGAAGUGAAUAUACGCACCUACAACAUUAUCUACCGGCUUAUCGACGACCUAAAAGAGCAACUGAGCAGUAAGUUGCCUCCAGUAGAAGUGGAGGAGGUGCUCGGAGAAGCGAAUGUCCUGCAAAACUUCCUCAUCAAUGAGGGCCGAAAAGAAGUACCUGUUGCGGGUUGUCGCUGCACAAAGGGAAUACUGAAAAAGGCCCAAAAGUUCCGCUUGCUACGUGAUGGAGAAGUUGUCUACAAUGGCCCCCUGGAGUCCAUGCGACAUCUUAAGAACGAGGUUGAUACUAUAAAGAAGGAUGUAGAAUGCGGCUUACGCUUUAAAGACACCAAAGUGCUGCCACAAGCCGGUGAUAUUCUGCAGUGCUACACCACGAACACGGAGGCCCAGCAAACGGACUGGGAUCCAGGUUUUUAGUUUGUAUGAGCGACUAAGUCAGCCUUGUUAUCGCCAUUGUAAUCUAUAGUUUUCUAUUAUAUACUGUUUAUAUAAAACCA